AUGAAUCCUAGAUUAUCACUGAGCAUCCCUAACAUCCCGAUUCUUGCCUCUUCCCCUUCCGCGUGGCCCCUCUUUCCCCGUGCCCCCCUUUCCCCCUGCCCCCUUUUCCCCGUGCCCCCCUUUCCCCGUGCCCCCCUUUCCCCGUGCCCCCCUUUCCCCGUGCCCCGCUGUCCGCAGGUUGCGGCCGAAAUGGACUGCGGCGAUCUGACGGAGUGUCCGGGGCUGGGGCAGUGCGUGGAUCCCGAUAAGCUGUGCGACAAGACGGCCAACUGCAAGGACAAGAGCGACGAGGCCGCGUGGUACUGCAACCCGCUCGACUGCUCCGACCCCGACACCACCGUGGAGUGCGUGGGAACGGACUAUUGCGUGAAGCCGACUCAAGUGUGCGACGGCAUCAUGCAGUGCCCGGGCGCCAUCGACGAGUCCCCGGGUUUCUGCCUCGACUACCGCAGCUCCAACUGCAACGAGGACCAGGUCAAGUGCACCGCUACGGCCGCGUGCACCAAGGGCUACAUGUGCGACGGCGUCGCCAACUGCCCCAAGAUCAAGAACGCGACGAGCGGAGUGCUGUACGCGCCGGAUGAGGACCCUAAGUACUGCGCCGCGUACUCGUGCCUGGACGGGUUCCAGAAGUGCAGCGACGAGCUGCAGUGCGUGCUGGUCGACGCUUUCUGCGACGGCAAGAAGGACUGCCUCGGUGCGUUCCCUCCCUUUCCUGCCUAUCUCGUGCCCUCUCUUCUGCGCCGCGUACUCGUGCCUGGACGGCCCUCCUCCCGCCCUCCUUCCCCCGUCCUCUCCCCCGUCCUCUCCCCCUCCUCCCCGUCCUCGUUUCCCCCUUCCAUCGCCGUUCUCGUUCAUCAACCUCUCUUCCUCUCGUCGUCCUGUCGUUUCGCCGUUUCCCACGUCCCCUUCACGUCCCUUCCCAUUUUCCCACUGCCUUACACCGACAAGGCCAAAGCAGCCUCUGAUGCCGCUAACGCCAAGGCAAGGCAGCUUCAGGCAGACGCCAACGCUGCUGGGACCGAAGCGGACAGGCUUCAGAGAGAGGCUAACAGUGCUGUGGGUACUGGCGCCAAGGCAAAGAAAGAUGCCGCUAAGAAGGCCCGGGCGGACGUUGCUACGAAACAGGCUGCUGCUGCCGACGCCAAGGCGGACGCUGACAGCAAGGAGAAGGACUAUGAGAGCGCGAAAGACACCGCGGAUAGGCUCCGGGAGAAGCUGAAGAAGGCGAUUAGCAAGGCGCAGAACUCGGGCAGCGUGAAGGCGUCGGGCGCCGCGGCGGAGAGGCUGACUUCGGCGGCAGAACGGGCCGCGCUGCAGAAGCAGAAGAAGCAGGAUGCGAUGAGUUUCGCGCAGAACCAGCGGCAGGCGAACAGGGUCAAGCUGUCUGCUAAAGCGGCUGAGGUGCUGAAUCGUGCGCGGGCGGCAAAGAGCUAUUGGGACAAGUCUGUGUUUACACUGGAAGGGCUGUAUAAUGAUACCCUGGAUGCAGAGGCGCUGCUUAAUAAGAUGAGCGAGCGGUACGAUAAUCUGACAAAUGAUAUUUCGCGGCUGAACCAGGAGAUUCGGAAGUAUCUGGCCACGGGGGAGAUGGAGCGGGUGCAGCUUCGGCAGAAGAAUGUUGCCCGAACCAAGAAGUGGCUCGACCAAACCAAGUCGGAUCGAGACGAGGCGUAUCAGGCGUACUUGGCAUCGAUGACUCUCCUGGAAGGCGGGGAGGGUGACGUGUCGCUGCGGAGAAAGAGGUACAUGCGGGUCGUGAAAGAGUCGAACAUUCUUAAUGGGAAGGACUUGACGGAUCAGUUGAUUAACGAUGGGUCUGAUGGCAGCACCGACAGUUCAGGUGAUACUUCAGGUGAUUCUUCAGGUGAUGGUUCGGGUGAUGGUUCAGGAGACGGCACGGGUGGAAGUGAUGGUUCCGGGGAUGGCAGUGGUGACCCAUGGCUGGGCUGA